AUGAAACAGCAAGACUAUACCCUCCAGAGAAGCACCAGCACCACCGCCCUCACCACCAGAUCCGGCAGCAGAAGAAUCACUCCUUCUAAUCAUCAUCACAACGCUCUUCGUCCCUCAGACCCCGACGACUUCUCCGUCUCCGACAACCUCCUCAUACGCAGAGGCUCUUCUCCUUCUGUCUCCUUUCACCACAACUCCACCAGGUCCCAGACCAAGCUCUCCUCUCUCCUUCGCUCAUUCCUCAACAUCUUCUCCUUUCCCACCAUUCUUCCCACCUGUAAAUGGCUCACCGUUCCUUCCCACCUCUCCAUAGCACCUUCCCUUGGUCGCAAAGUCACCGGGACUCUCUUCGGCCAUCGACGCGGUCACGUCUCCUUCGCCGUCCAGCUUGACCCCCGUUCGGAGCCUCUUUUAGUGCUUGAGCUGGCCAUGUCCACUUCUUCUUUGGUCAAGGAGAUGUCCUCCGGUCUGGUUCGGAUCGCGCUGGAGUGCGAGAAGCUUCCGGCCGCGGCGCAGACCGGAGGCCGGACCAGGAAGCUGUUCCAGGAGCCGAAUUGGGUCAUGUACUGUAACGGGAGGAAGUGCGGGUACGCGGUGUCGCGCACGUGCGGGGAUCCCGAUUGGCACGUGCUGAGCACGGUGCAGAGCGUGUCCGUCGGAGCCGGAGUGAUUCCGGUGGUGGAGGACGAAAGCGCGAGGAAAGGCAGCGGCGGGUCAGAUGGCGAGUUGCUGUAUAUGAGAGCGAGGUUUGAACGAGUCGUGGGAAGUCGUGACUCGGAGGCAUUUUAUAUGUUGAAUCCCGAUGGUAAUGGAGGGCCUGAACUUAGCAUUUUUCUGUUGAGAAUAUGAAAGAAAAGCUUGUUCGAGACAGAUUAAGAUAAAUAAUUAUA